GUGUAUCUUUAGUGCCACACACAGAAACCUUACAACGCUAAAGUAGGAAUAGAACACGAAGAAUCGCCAUAUCCUUUUGAUACCCUUCUACAUCUUUUAUAUUUAACUUCGAACCAUAAUCCCUACAGUAAUAUCCGCCUGCAUUCUUAGUUGUUUGACAUACAUUCAAAGAAAAAAACGAGAGACUCUUGUUCGUUCUUUCGUCUUCGUCUAUUCCAUCGAUUCGAAGAAUGAGAUACAAUAAUUAAGCGAAUAUAUUAGUAAACUCGUGAUUUCGAUAUCUAUAUAAGUUUUAUGUAGAUUUAAACUUUAAUAUGGUUUCAUGCUAUAAGAAGCUUAUUAUAAUAGCGUAUGUAAUGUACUCUUCUUCUUUUUCAUUAACUUGGAUAGUCAUAUUCUUCGAGAAACCACCCUUAUGUGGUUUUCUCAGAAAUUAACUUCUUCAUAAAUCCAUAUAUAUCAUGAUUACGUAAUAUCAUUCACGUUCUUUCAUAGUACUUAAAUCGAAAUAUAGAAAUAAUCUAAAAAAUAAUAAUUAUUAUAUAAUCAUUCAUUCAUGUACAUAUGUAUCUAUUUCAAAUUUAAAAAUACAUUUCGCGGUUCAAGUUUAAAUAAUGAGAAAUAUCGAAUUCAGUCACAUGGUGCAUAAUACAUAGGUAAUUUAAUCUUCCCAUUCUUAGGGCUAAGUUAUUUAUGACUCGCUGAAUUUAAAACGAUAACAUGCGCGCUGGCAGAACAGUUUAUAUUAUCCAUAAAAUGACAAUCGACUUAGAAACGAAUUGAUGAUUUGAUGAACAAAUCAGUAUCAUACAGUUCUUUGAAGAAAAAACACGUAUAAGAUAAGAAAAAAUCCUUCUUGCAUUCAGUUGUAUUUUCGUACAUAUGUAUUUGUAAUAUAUGUCUAUAUAUGGACAAAUGGUCUUAAUUUUAUGUAUAAUAAAUAACAAUAUUUAAUUUUUUUUUUAUUAAUUUUUAUUACAAUUUUUUAUUAUAUAUAGUAGCUUUUAGAGUAUUUGUGGAAAAAUAUAAACUAUAUAUAACAUAUUUUGUAUAGAAUAUGAAUCAUAUAAUAUAAAUAACAGAACACCUGUUCGAGAAAUGUAACCUCUUAGCGUUUCGAUAAACCCUGCUAUCGAACUUGUCUGUAUUUUGGAAGUUAAUACUAUGAUUUUUUUGAAAGUAUAUUUAUUAAAAAGUUUAUAAGAUUGCUAACUUUUUGUAAACGAUACAAAACAUGGAAGUUGAUACAGGAGCACAAUUGAUAGCAGAGGACAGUGAUCAGGAAGAGGAAGAACUAACUGCUCAAAGUGUUUUAUUAGCGAUAGAGGAAGCUUGGCUAAACGAAAAAUUCGCUCCUGAGAUUUUACCACACCGGUCUGAUUUGAUUGAGUGUAUGCUGCAGCAAAUCACACAUAUGGAAGAAAACAUGAAGAGGUUAGACAAAGGAGAUCUAAGAUUAAUGAUACAUAGAAUGGAAUUAGAUAGGAUUAAAUAUAUGAUAAGUAAUUAUCUCAGGGCUCGAUUAGAGAAAAUUGAGAAAUAUACCAUUCACAUACUUUCUCAAGAAGCUAACAGAUCUUCUGAGGAUUGUUACUUAUCAGUUGCAGAGCUACAAUUUGCGAAAGAGUUUCUUGCAAGUAUCGAAACACUUUUUAAAACAGUUGCUUUGCAACAUAUGCCUGGAAAUUUUCAGACAUUUGAAGUUGAUACAUUAGCUGUAAAACCUAAUAUGCAAGCAUAUGUAUUUUUAAGGGCUAAUGAUAGAAUUAAUGGAAUCUUACUUCCUGGUUCAAUGGACGAAGAAAUAGAUCUUGAACCAGGCUCCCAACAUAUUAUACAAUAUAGUGCUGUAGCUGAUUUAGUUAAAACUGGUGCUGUUAAAUUAAUCUAAUAUCUUAUACAAUUUAAUAGUGUGAAUAAAGAAAUCUAAUACUUUU